AUGGCUACCCCCAGUGUCCUUACUUUUGAUGCUGAGGGCCGUGCCGUUGACUUGGAGGUCUGGGUCGAUGACCUCCAGCUGUUUCUCCAGUGCAAUAGGGCAUACGGACUCUCUCUGCUCGAUCUCACCUCUGGUGUCACUCCUCCCCCGCUUGCCACUGCUAACACCACUGUUCGCUCACAGUGGGCCACACGCGAUGCUGAUGCUCACCUUGCUGUGCGUCGCCACUUACCGACCACUUACGUGCACACUUUAGCCAUCACCCGGCUCCCUGACUCUCUUCGCAUAGUUAGGAACCACUUCCUGUCAGUUUGCCCCACCACUCUCACCGUUGGCCUCCUCGAGAAGGGCCUCCUAGCAGCAAAGAAGAGCAUAGUCGCUGUAGGAGCCUCUCGUGGUGACCCUCGCACCCGCGUCUUUGAGGGGUGUUCCCCCUCCCCCCUCUUGCCCUCUGCUGCUGCGGCCGACCUCGUUGGCUUCGAGUCAGUCGGCGCUGCGUCUGCCCCUAGUAGGAGACGCCGCACCGGCAAGGGCAAGGGGGGCAAGGGCGCUGGAGGGGCUGGCGGGGGCGGUGGAGGUGGUGGUGGAGGCAGUGGAGGGGGUGGGGGUGGUGGUGGGAGUGGUGGCGGGGGUGGAGGUGUCAAUGGCAGCAGUGGAGGCGGAGGAGGCGGCGGCGGAGGCGGAGGGAGCGGAGGCGGCGGAGGUGGUGGGGGCGGCGGAGGCAGCGGAGGUGGGGGAGGCGGCGGCGGCAGCAGUGGACCUGGUCGCAGCUCAGCACAGAGGAGUGGCUCCAGUGGAGGUACGCGCCAGCAGCAGCAGCGCAGUCGUAAGACCCUGUCCCCUAAGCAGCUUCGUGAGUGGUACGCUGCGCGUCAACACGGUGGGGGUACGGGUCCCUGCACCUAG